UUCAAUUCUUUAGCAGAAAAAAAGAAAAAAAGAAAUACCAAGUUCGCAGUAAAUUAUAAAGGUUCGAGAAAGAGAGAGAGAGAGAGAGAGAGAGAGAGAGAGAGAGAAAAGAAGCGAAAAAUAGAACACGCGAUAAUCUCUUUGCAAAUUUAUCCAUGAUCAAACCAAAAAAAAAAAAAAUUGAACUAUUCGCGAAGAGCAUACGGAGCAUGAAAUUCGCUGAAUGUGAACCGUAAAGCGGAAAAUCGAAGCAAUGUAAAUGAGCACAGAAUCCGGGAAACAAUCUCAAAAAUGAAAAAUCGUAUGUCGAAUGCGUCGCAACAGUUUGUCGACUUCUUCUCGCAAGUCGCGUGCUGGACAUGGGAGACCCUCGAAAAGUUAUUGGACAUCAUUCUCGAUUUCUUGGCGAGGAUAAUCGAGCUGAUACUAGCGGUGAUGAACCUGAUUUUCCAGGUGAUCUGUUUCCUAAGGGACCUCUGUAUCGAGGCCAUGCAAACAUUUGCCAACGUGUUCCGAGGGAUCGUUAACGUUGUUAGGAAUAUCAGCUGCGAGGAGGUCGAGGAUUUCGCCUCCGCCUGCAUCGUUAUUCUACUUUGGAUCGUCGCGUUUAAGCUCGUCAGGAAUUUGUUCCAAAUGAAAGAAGAAAUUCAACGGGACUUUAGAACGUUAAACAUGAUUGAUGAAAUACCGAGACACAUUUGUUCUGGUAUCUGGCGGAGGACUGUGGCACAAAAACCAGAACUCCCGAAUAGCUGCGCUCCUUAAUCCAGGAUACGCGAGUUCGAACGUAAACAACAAUAAUAACGCAGAGAGACUGGAACUAGGAGUUUGUCCGGCGCAGAGGAGAUCAGGGAAAAGGAUAAAUCGAC